GGUUUACUGAAAAAAGAGGCUUUGAAUUUUCACUUUAAGGAGUGGCUUAAAGCAUUUAAGUUCACUUGAAGUUAACCAGUUGAUCGGUGAGAAGAGUCUGCAAUAAUUAACUGCUUGGUUGUGGCUGUUACUGAGAAUAUCUGGACUGAGUCCAGCUUCAUCCUUUUGAAUCUGGAAGCCAAGUUCAAUGAUUAUUUUUAGCUAGAAGGAGAAACAAUAGUUUAUCUGUGAUGAAAAUGGAUCAUCUUAAACUAUUGGCUGUUCUUUUGUUAACAUGGAUGCCCAUCUGUGAAUCUCAGAACAAUGCCACUGAAAUGUUUGCAGACGUGGUGUUCCUAGUUGAUGGUUCCAAAGGCAUGGGAGACAAAAUGUUUCGGCAGGUGAAAACUUUCCUUAACAAAGUCGUGCAGCAACUAGAUGUCCAAGCAAAUAAGUACAGAAUUGGAGUAUCACAGUUCAGUGAUGAUGCCCAAGCAGAGGUCCUUCUGAACACUUUUAAAGGAAAGAAUCAAGUGCUGAACCACAUCAAAAAGAAUCUUGUGUACAAAGCUGAGAGAGAGGGAGAGCUGAAAACUGGGGUUGCUAUCAAACACGCUUACGACGUCCACUUCAAAGAGUCUUCUGGAAGUCGGCGAGCGGAAGGCAUCCCUCAGUUUUUAGUCAUCAUUACCUCUGGAAGUUCGAAGUAUGAUCAAUUUCAACAAGCUGUCACCUUGGUAAAAAAGCAUGGUGUGAAAAUUGUUCCUAUUGGAGUCCAGAACACCAACAUGAAGGAGUGGGAAGAUAUGGGCAUAAAGUAUUUCAAUUUAUCUGCAGACAACCUGAUUCCUUUAUCUCAAAACAUACACAACAUGAUCAAAACUGAGACAGAAAAUCCGUUUAAGAGAGUAGGCCCACCACCAGCGGUAUGUCAAAAUGCUUCUGUGGCAGACAUUGUCUUUUUAGUCCAACAUUCUAGCAACAUUGGCAUGCCAAACUUUCACCAAAUUCAAGUUUUCCUCUACAAGAUUGUCUGCUCCUUGAAUGUUACCAAUAAUACAGUGAGAGUUGGCUUGGUAAUGUACAGUAACACAUCGAAAGUGGAGUUUUACCUUACCACAUAUACAGAUAAGACUGAAGUUUUGCAGCAUAUAAAGGAAUUACCAUAUGUGGGUAGAACAGGGGACCCCAAUACUGGUGCUGCCAUUGAUUAUGUGAGACAAGAAGUUUUUGCAGGUAAUAGGAGCAAGGGUAGAGGUGUUCAACAAAUUGCAGUUCUCAUUACGGACAAGGAUUCCAGCGACAAUGUUAGCCAGGCUGCGACUGACCUUCGGCGUGCUGGGGUAAAAGUCUUCAUUGUGAGGAUACAAGACACCAAUACAACAGAGCUGAGGAAGAUUGCAUCAGAUCCCCCACAAACAUUUAUCUCAACCGUGGACACAUUCUUACAGUUAUCAACUCUCGAGGAAAUAAUACAAACCAGGAUUUGUGCUGAGAUUUACAAGCAAGCAUUUAUAACAGCAGAAGACACACGCUCACUCAAAGAAGGCUGUGCUGAAACAGAAGAAGCUGAUAUCUACUUUCUGAUGGAUGGCUCAGAAAGCAUCAAACCACAGGACUUUUUAGACAUUAAAAAAUUCCUUAUAGGAAUGGUUGGAAUGUUCAACAUUGGGCCUGACAAUGUGCGGAUUGGAGCAGUACAAUAUUCUACCAGUCCAAUACUAGAAUUAAAUAUUACUCAUCACAGCAGUAAAAUAGCCAUACAACAGGCUAUCCAGAAUAUCAGACAGGUAAGAGAAGGAACACGCACCGGUGAAGCUCUGCGCUUCAUGCUGAAAUGCUUUCAAUCUGCUGUAACAACUCGGCCAACUACGGUACCCCGGUACCUGGUAAUGCUAACCGAUGGAGAGUCACAAGAUGAGGUUAGACAGGCAGCUGAAACCCUAUGGAAAGAAGGAGUUCUAACUUAUGCCAUUGGUGUAAGGGAUGCCAACAAAACACAGCUCCAAGAAAUCUCAGGGUCUGAGGGCAGGUUUUUCUACGUCUACAACUUUGACUCCCUGAAAGAUAUAAAGAAUAAUGUUGUCCGGGAAAUCUGUUCACAAGAAGCUUGCAAGAAAGUUGAAGCAGAUAUUAUUUUUUUAAUCGAUAGUUCAGGCAGCAUCGUAGAAGAAGACUUUAAAAAAAUGAAACGUUUUGUGGAGAAUAUUGUAAAAAAAACGGACAUUGGGGUAGAUAAAGUCCGAAUUGGAGCAAUACAGUUCAGUGACAUACAAAAGGAAGAGUUUACACUGAACACAUUUUCUCUAAAAACGGAAUUGCUGGAGGCCAUCAGGAACAUGUCACAGCUUUAUGGUGGGACUCUAACUGGAGAAGCUCUUAGUUUCACGUCUAAAUAUUUUGAAAAAAAAAAAGGAGGACGGUCUGAUGUUGAUCAGUUCCUCAUUGUAAUUACUGAUGGAGAGGCUCAAGAUGAAGUUGCAGCUCCUGCUAAAGCCAUACGAAACAAAGGAAUUACAGUGUUGUCCAUCGGAGUAUUUGGCGCCAGUGACACAAAACUGGUGGAAAUAAGUGGCUCGUCAAACACAGUUUUUUUUAUUGAGAGCUAUGAUGCUUUAAGUAGUAUAUUGAAUAAGGUGGUUUUUGGUAUCUGCAACCCUCAAAAAGAAUGCCAAAGGAUAGAGGUUGCUGAUAUUAUGUUUGUUGUAGAUUCAUCUGGUAGUAUUAAUGAGGAUAAUUUUAAGAGUAUGAAGGAGUUCAUAAUUGCUUUGGUAAAUCACUCUGAAAUUGGCAAAGAUAAGGUUCGGAUUGGGGCAAUCCAGUAUAGUGAUAAGCCAUUGAAAGUGUUUGACCUAAAUGAACACUUUAACAAGCUAAAACUCCAUCAGGCAAUCAACGCAAUGAAGCUCAUUAAAAGUACCACUGCAACAGCAGAAGCGCUGAAUUUUUCUAAAGAACAUUUGGGAGAAUUGUAUGGUGGACGCAAAGAAAAGGGAGUCCCACAGAUUCUUAUAACAAUUACUGAUGGAGUAUCAGAUGAUAAAGACAGUUUAAAUGAAACUGCCAAUUACAUCAGAAAUGCAGGCAUUGCAACAUACGCUGUUGGAAUAAAGGAUGCAAAAGAAAAUGAGCUUCUGACAAUUGGAGGAACAAAAGAGAGAUAUUUCUACGUAGAUGACUUCGAAAAAUUGAAAGACUUGCAAAAUAAGUUUUCGAAGAUGAUCUGUGCCAAUACCACCACAUAUUGUGAAAUUCAGAAAGCAGACAUAGUCUUCUUAAUUGAUGGCUCAACCAGUAUAUCGUCAGAGGACUUCAAAACCAUGAAGAAAUUCUUAACGGCGAUGGUGAUCAACUUUGAUAUUAGACCAAAUAGAGUGCAGAUAGGUGUGGCUCAGUAUAGCGAUUCGUAUGAGAAACUUUUCUACCUUCGUUCAUUCAGUGACAUAAGCACAUUUCAGAACCAAAUUGAAAACAUCAGUCAGCUCUUAGGCGACACGCAUAUAGCAAAUGCCCUCAAGAAUGUAAAAGAUUUCUUUACUAGAUCUGCUGGAAGCCGAAAAAGUGAAGGUGUCGAGCAGAUUUUAGUUGUGAUCACAGAUGGAGUUGCACAGGACAAAGAUUAUGUGUUCCAAGCUGCUGAAGAUCUACGACAAGAUAGCAUCACCAUAUAUGCACUGGGAAUUGGAAACAUUAAUGUUUAUCAGUUGAUUGAGAUUGCUGGUACUCCAGAAAGAAAAUUCAUGGUAAACAACUUCAAUGAACUCGAAACAUUUAAAACAAGAUUUGUCCGGAACAUAUGUGAAGGCUUUAAAGAUGCAAAAUGUGCCAUAGACAUUGCAGUGGGCUUUGACAUUACAAGCCAAAAACCAGGACAAAAAAUAUUCUAUGACCAGCACAAACUGCAAGUAUUCCUGCCUGAAAUUUUAAAAGAAAUUACAUCUCUUCAGACUAUCAGCUGUGCUUCUGGUUCCCAGAUACAGAUCAGCUUCAGCUUCACCAAUUCAGAACCUCUCUACGAAACUCAGUUUAAAACGUUUAGCCCAGACAUUGUAACUGAGAUCUCACAAUGGGUUGUUAAGCCAUCAUACCUAAAUAAAGCAUUUCUGGAGUCGCUGUGGAAGAAGUUUGAAAAGUCUGAAAACAAAACAAAGGUAUUACUGAUUUUUACUGAUGGAUUAGAUGAUGCUGUGGAGGAACUCAAGGAUGUGUCAGAAAAGCUUCGAAUGGAAGGAUUGAAUGCCCUUAUCACAGUUGCUUUAGAAGGAACAUCAGCUAUUGAUAAUAUUCAGCACAUUGAGUUCGGAAGAGGAUUUAGAUACAAACCACAGUUGACCAUUGGAAACCGAGAUUUAUCCAGAACUUUAAAUAAACUAAUUGACCAAGUUGCUGAAAAGUCAUGCUGUGAUAUAUGCUGUAAAUGCUUAGGAGAUGAAGGUCCCAUUGGCAAAUAUGGACCAAAAGGACAAAAGGGAAGCAAAGGCUCUGUUGGACGCCAUGGACAUCCAGGUGAAGAAGGAACUCCUGGUGGCAGAGGCCCUCCUGGUCUAAAUGGAACUCAAGGAUUGUCAGGUUGUGUAGGCUUCAGAGGUUUAAAGGGAGUAAGGGGUAUUCCAGGACAAAAGGGAGAAGAAGGGGAGCAGGCACUAGAUGGGAUUCAGGGACAGGAUGGUGAUGGUGGGUUGCCUGGUCAAAAGGGAGAAAAAGGAAACCCUGGAAAACCGGGCAUUCCAGGUCCAAACGGACCUUUAGGAGAACGAGGAGAUCCUGGUUUGCGAGGAGACCCAGGAGUGCCUGGGGCUAAUAAUAACAUCCGUGGCCCAACUGGGGAGAAAGGAAAGCGAGGCCUCCAGGGUGAUCCAGGCAUUGACGGAGAACCUGGCUUAAAAGGCGAUCCUGGAAAAGGAGGCCUUAUUGGUCGAAGGGGACCAUUGGGAAGUAAGAGUGCUAAAGGACAGACUGGUUUGCCAGGUUCUCAGGGGGACAGAGGAAGAAGGGGCCAGCAGGGUGAGAAAGGAGUUGAAGGAGAAAAGGGGCCAAUUGGACCACCAGGAUUCAAAGGACCCCAGGGAACCGCUGGAGCUGAAGGCCCAAAGGGAAACCGUGGCAGUGCUGGAGCGAAAGGGUUAAAAGGCGAGGCUGGUGAUCCUGGUGGCAAAGGUCAAGUUGGCAUGCUUGGUCCUCGAGGAGUACAGGGGGAAGAUGGAAGUGAUGGAUAUGGACCUAAAGGAAAAAAAGGACAAAAAGGAGAUUUAGGAUUCCCAGGAUAUCCAGGACCACAGGGUAGUCAUGGUGACCCAGGUAAUCCAGGAGUAGGUGGUCCAAAGGGAAUUCGAGGACGAAGAGGUGAAAGCGGUCGUCAGGGUGAUCCAGGUAGUCCAGGAGCCCCAGGAUAUCCGGGUCGCAAGGGGCCUAAAGGACCAAAAGGAACAAUGGCAAUGACAGAAUGUGAACUAAUCACUAACAUUCGCAAGAAUUGCCCCUGUUCACAAGGAGCACGUGAAUGUCCAGUGUAUCCAACAGAGCUGGUGUUUGCUUUGGACAUGUCUGCUGAAGUAGACACCCAAUCGUUUACCAGAAUGAAGGAAAUGGUUCUCAGUAUUCUAGGAGAUUUGUCAUUCAGCGAAAGCAACUGUCCGACUGGAACACGUGUGUCACUUGUGUCCUACAGCUACACCACCAAAUAUGUAAUCCGGUUCAAUGACCAUCACAAUAAGAAGCAGCUUUUGAAGAGUGUUAAGGAAAUUCCUCUAGAAAGGACCACAGAUAGACGAAAUAUUGGUGCUGCAAUGAAGUUUGUGGCAAGAAAUAGUUUCAAACGAAUUCGUAAGGGCGCCCUGGUGAGGAAAGUGGCCAUCAUUUUUGCUGAUGGACCAUCCCAGGAUGCUGUUUCCAUCAGUACAGCUGCACUGGAGUUCAGUGCCGUAGACAUCACACCCGUGGUCAUUGCUUUCCAGGACCUUCCAAAUAUAAAGCGUGCAUUUGCGAUUGAUGACACUGGAAGGUUUCAAUUCAUCAAUAUCUCAACUGAAGAGGAUCCCAAAAAUAUGUUGGAGAACCUUAAACUGUGUGUACUUUGUUAUGAUACUUGCAAUCCAAACCCAUCUUGUCACAAAAUAAAGACCCGGCCUUCUCCUGUACAGAUGGACAUGGAUGUGGCCUUUCUUCUUGACAGCUCACGCACCAUGAGCAGCGAUGACUUUGAAAGGUCCAAGGAGUUUCUUCACUCAGUAUUGGAUCAGUUUGUAAUUACCAACAAGCCGAGAACCUCGGAUCCUGGGGCUCGGGUGGCUCUUGUCCAGCAUGCUUCCUCAGGUUAUACCCAGAGAGAAGAACAAAACCCUGUCAAUCUGGAGUUUGAUUUUGUUACCUACAGCAGUAAGAAACAAAUGAAGAGACACAUCAAGGAAUCCUUGUACCAACUACAAAGCGAUUCUGGAGUUGGACAUGCUGUGGAGUGGACCAUUAACAAUUUGUUUUCAAAGUUGUCAAAAGCCAGGAGCACUAAAGUUAUAUUUACCAUACUUGGAGGAGACACUAGUUUUUGGGACAAGAGGAAGCUGGCUGAAAUAGCACUGAACGCUAAGUGUCAAGGAUUUACUAUUUUUACAUUGACCUUUGGUGGUCCUAUCAAUGACACUGAGUUGGAACAGCUUGCAAGUUUUCCUUUUAGUCACCACUCAUGUCAGCUUGGAAAAGUUCUUGACCUGGAUAUGGAUUAUGCACUGAAGUUUACGCAUGCUUUCUUCAGCCUGGUGGCAAAAAAAAUCAACAAUUACCCUCCUAAAAUCCUUCAGAGGAAGUGCGAAAGUUUGAAUUUGCAGCAAAAGCAACAAGGUGAUGAAGUGCCCAUGUCCACACCAGAAAGUACACUUUCUGCUGAAUAUAAGGAUUGGGAAACAAAGAAUGUUGAAGUGAUGACUACAAUGAAUUUCAAAGAAAAUGAAGAAACAGAAUUGACAAACCUGUCUAUAAAAUUUCAAUGUUUUCUGAAAAGGGAUCUUGGUAACCUUUGCAGAGGAUUACAGAAGAUAAGGUGGUUUUACAAUAAAAACACUCGUGUGUGUGCCCCAUUCUUGUAUGGAGGCUGUGCUGGUAAUGAAAACCGGUUCAAUACUAAACAUGAGUGUCUUCAGGAAUGUGCUUCCAAAGAAUUGCCACAAAAAACUUGAGUGGUUGAAGAUAUUGGUACCAAGACAAACCUACAAUGAUUACUGUUUACACAAGACUAUUACCUUCUUAUUUUUUUAAGCAUGUAUAAACAAAUAUUCUUUAUUUAGGUGUCUACACUACAUAGUUAACAAGACUAUAUAUUUUUGGAUGAAAGUUAGCCAUAUGGAACGAAAAUACAUUUUUAAUGUAUUUUUCUAUAGCCUACCAAAUCACUCAAUAAUAACUGCUUAUAUAGAUUAUUAAGACA